UGACGAGGCAUUUCGACUGAUGCAUAAGCCCGCCCUUUCCUUUAAACGGAUCAUGAGAUACACUGAUGGAGUUGUAUAGAGAAGAUGUAUCUAUAUAUGUGUCUGCUCUAUAACUUAGGUCCUGCCUUUGUUGUCUUGGUCGCUGCUUCUGAGGGGUUAGGACAGGGAACAGACACACACCAGCCCAAGAGAAGACCACUGCAGGCUGGUCAUGGCUAGCACUGCUCUCUUCUACGUGACCUAUGUGUUCUGCCUGGCCCUGGGCCUGCUGUGUGUGGUUUGUGUCACCUACUGGAGCUCCCGAUGGCGCGGUGGCUUUGCAUGGGACGCCUCUGCGCUGCAGUUCAACUGGCACCCUGUUCUCAUGGUAACUGGGCUGCUGGUGCUCUUUGGAUACGCGGCGAUUAUGUACCGUGUCCCGUUCACAUGGCAACACAAGAAGCACACCUGGAAGCUGGUGCACUCUGGUCUGCUGUUGUCUGCCCUGCUGCUGUCCACCCUGGGCCUGUGUGCUGUGUUUGACUUCCACUCCGGCUACCACAUCCCUGACCUUUACUCGCUCCACAGCUGGGUGGGCAUCUGCACCACCUUCCUGUUUGCAUUGCAGUGGGCCCUGGGGCUGGGAGUCUUUAUGAUGCCAUGUUCCCCCUUGGGGUUGCGUAAACUCCUGAAACCGGUCCACGUAUGGAUGGGAGGAGCCAUCUUCAUCCUCAGUGUGAUCUCCUGCAUCUCUGGCAUCAAUGAGAAGCUGCUCCUUACUCUUAACAGGAGCACUGCUGAGGCCUACUCAAGUCUGCCUGUUGAGGCUGUUUUUGCUAAUAUCCUCGGGAUACUGAUAGUAGCUUUUGGGUUCAUCGUCCUUCGAAUUUUAACCAAUCAGAAGUGGAAAAGGCCAGAGCAAAUGCAGGAGGAAUCUCAACUGCUUCCUGGUGACAGUUGAUGGCAUAUUUUUGAAUUUGUGCAUGGUCGGAAAUUGGAUUUUAUCCCAUGGCAUCAGUCUUUGCCUUGGUGAUGAGAAGUCUACAAGACUUGAAGAUUCAAGACUAGAGGGACAUAUCAAGAAGUUGAUGCCGCCCAAAAUGUUGUUCCCAAAAUUAAUGCACUCGAUGUAAAGAUUUGAAACAUAUUUAUCAUUACAAAUAAAAAGAGAACUCAAUGCCUAAAUAAUGGAUGC